AUGGAUUCAGCCACGGCGGCGUCGGUGUACGGCAUGAGAUUCCCCGUCACCGCACGCUCGCGGGAUGACCCGCGGCUCCUGGGAUGGAGGAUGGUUGAUGGCAAAAGCCAGGCGCUGCAGCAGCGACACCUGGCCGAACUGGAGGCGGAGGGCAGGAAGAUGAAGGAUCAACCGAAGGAGGACACGCCGGGAUCGGGGAUGCUGGCGGCCAUUGCGCACUUUGAUGCGUUGCAAGCAGCAAAGAAACCUGUGAUCAAGGCGGAGGCGGUGGAAUUUGAAGCCGCGCCGCUGUCUGAAGUGAUUGCCGAGGCAGGUGCAGUGUUUGAACAAGUCUUUCCAAGCAGUCAAAAGUUGCGUUGCGAAGGCCCUCCUGAGCCAGUCGAGGCAGAGGCAGUGGGUUUGAACAAUGUCUUGUCACAAAAGCUAGUGAUAGCGAGCUUGAUUUUUUUCCCGAAAGCGUCUGAGCGCAGGGUUCUUCCAAUAGAUGACAUCGCGCAAUUUGUGCAGGACAGGGGCAGGGUCAGGAUGGGCCAAGUCAGCUGGUGGUGGGCUAGUCGGCUACCCCAAAGAUCCAAGGCCUUUCUCUCCGCGAUCGGCUGCUGCGGCAGGCAGCCGGGAAGGUGUUGGGCUGCUGGUGUGACCUGCAGUUGA